AUUGUAUUGCAUCUUUGCGAAGUGUAAGUGUGAACCCUAUAGUUGCUCAUCAUAUUCAAAAUGAAUUUUUGUGAAAGUGAAGAAAUGAAAAUAGCGAAAAUAUUGAUUUCCAUAAUCAAUGUAUCUGGUAAUGGUUUGCCGCUUGACAAGUUAGACAGCGAGUUUAUAAAUUAUUGUGGAUUCCCUAUUCCAUACAAAAAAUUUGGCGCAGAGAGUUUGAAAUCUUGGGUUUUGACUUUACCGGAUAUCUACUUGGUGAAGGAUUGUCGCAAUAACGAUAUUUUGAUUCAACAGAGCAUGAAAUCAACACAUAUUAAGGACUUAAUUAUGAAACAGAAGAGAUUUACAUUCAAAAGAAAAGUUGAAGGUCAACGGUACCAAAAUAUGCACAACAAUAAAAGGCAAAAAAAAUUUGAACACAACAAUUUACCACAAGGCUCUUUUAUACACAGCUCCACGAAUUCUGUUGAAAUCAAUGGAUAUGAUAGAUUCGAAUUAUUUCAAAAACUAGAAUGCAUGUUACCAUUAUUCUACAAACAUCAAGCUCUGGGUGAUGAUUUCUUCUUGGACAUUGCUGAUACUAAAUUAGGAUAUUAUGUUUCAGAGAAUGGUCCCAAAGAAUGUGGAUUGUGCAUUUCUGGACAAACUAUUGCUGGCCUUACAGAGAAAGUAAGAGCAUCUGUACAUUUGGCUCCUAGAGUUGUAGUCAUGAUUGGAUUCAGAGACUUAUUACAGAAUAGGAAUGUGAAUUCUAUGAUUUAUGAUUUGAGGCAACUAAUAAAUGAACUGAAGAAAAAAAAUACAAGGGUUACACUGGUUACAUUAAUUCCUUCUCCAAAACUGCCUGACAUGGCUAAACUUCGCAUUAGAAUGGAUAUUUUUAACAAAGCUAUAUUGGACUAUUCUUGUGACAGUGAAUUAUGUUGCAAUGUUAUUGACAUGAAUGCAAUAUUCCAAAGAGAAGCUGAAUCAUUUAGGAGAGAGUAUGACAGAUUCAUGAAAGUUGCCAAAAAUGACAACUACAAAGUAUUCUCAGACUAUGGAAGAAAAAUAUUCUUGAGUACCUUGAAGUCCUGUUUAAAGGAGCAACUUGAAGCUGGACAUUAGGUCUAUAGAUUAUUCUGUACAGUAAUAACAUUAUCAUAUUUCAAAAUGUUACUAUUGUAUAGAACCAAAUUUUCUUGAUUAAUUAAAAAAUUGUCUACCUUUAUCUAUUUCAGUGUUUAUGAAUAAUAAUGGUGCACAAGUAUUAUUGCAUGAGAACUUGAAAUAGACAAAAGUAGAGUAAUUUUGAAUUAACAUUUAGUGUUUUUGUCAAUAAUUAUUUAUAUGAUCUAUCAUUUUCAUAAAUGAAAGCAUCAUGUAAUCAACUAAUCAAUAAUAUACAAAUUAUACAAAUGACAAUAAUGCUUUACUGAAAUGGUAAAGGAUUUAUUUGUUGUUAGUGUUCUUGUUUGUAUACCUAUGUUAUUGUUCAAUUUAUUAUUAGUGAUUUAUUAGUUGUAGGACAUCUUCCUGUGAUAUUUUAUGUGCACAAAAUACAAUUAACCACUGUUAUAUAUUUUUUAGAAUAGGUAUUGAUUGAGGUAAUAUAAGUUUUGCUUU